AUGGCUGGCAAUGAUUGCAGAAAAGACACAGGUGAGGGAGCGUGGAGGAUCAUGGGAAAUGGAGUUUGUAGGGAGAUGAAUGGGGAAAACAGGCAGGGUUUACAUCUUAAAGAGGGAGACAUCAUGGUGCCAGAGGAAAGGAGUAUAAUUCUGGGAAAUCAAUACCGCUGGCAAAUCCCUGUCCCCUAUGUACUGAGUUCUAAUCUGGAUAUAAACUAUAAAGGAGUUAUACUGAGGGCCUUUGAACGAUUCAGACUGAAAUCAUGUGUUGACUUCAAGCCUAGGACAACAGAAGAUUAUUACAUUUCUGUGGAGUACCUUGAAGGGUGUUGGUCAUUUGUCGGGCGAACACCUUCCCCUGGCCAAACUGUUUCCAUUGGGGAUGGCUGUGGAACUAUAGGAAUUGUUGAGCAUGAGUUUCUCCAUGCACUGGGUUUUUACCAUGAGCAAUCCAGAUAUGACAGAGAUGAUCAUGUGACAAUAAAAUUUGAAAACGUCAUUGCAGGUUGCUCUUUAUUUUCAGGGCAUGAGGACAAUUUUGAUAAAUACGAUAAGAGUGUGACAAACCUCGAAGUUACCCCAUAUGACUACAUGUCUUUGAUGCAUUAUGAUAAAAACGCCUUCAGCAAUGGCAAUGGAUCCACAAUCAUUACAAAGCGUCCUGAGUUUCAAGAUCUGAUUGGUCAGCGUAUCGACAUGAGUGAAUAUGAUGCUAUUCAGCUAAAUAACCUCUACAAAUGUAAUUCGUCCACCUCCUUCCUUGAUCACUGUAGUUUUGAUGACGACUCUCUGUGUCAAAUGAAUGUUUAUUCUUCUACUGAACCCGGAUGGCAGAGAGUGAGUUCAGUGACAGGCGUCAAUGUGACUGAUCACACCUACUUGGGCAAAGAGGCAAACGGGACCUCUUCCUUCAUGCACUUCAGUCUGGUGGGCAGAAAUGAGGGCGACUCAUCUAGACUGGAGAGCAGAGAAAUGACACCGACAAGAGAUUGUAAAGUUCAAUGCGUCCAGUUUUAUUACUUUCAUAGUGGCAAUGUAAAUGACCAGCUUAACAUCUGGAUCAGGGAAUACCAGGAUGCAGCAGACAGCACAGGAACUUUGAGACUCAUGGAUCAGAUCACAGGAACCCCUGAUUAUUACUGGCGGCUGCACCACGUGACACUAAAUGCGUAUAAAAACUUUCAAGUCCUAUUUGAAGUUCGUAAAGGAGCUGGAGACUCCAGUGGAGGCUUUUCAUUGGAUGAUAUCAAUAUUUCACAGACGGAGUGCCCUCAAAUAUGGCAGAUAAGGAAUAUUGAGAAGCUAUUGAACACCCGCUUUACUAAAGCCAGUAGUCCACUGUAUUACUCUAGUGAAGGUUAUCGCUAUCAGGUUUUCUUGGACAACUACUCAUAUUACAUUUAUUUGCGUUUUCGUCUGAUAUCCGGUGAGUUUGAUAAGCAGCUGCAGUGGCCUUGUGCAUGGAGACAAGUGACCUUUCAGAUUCUUGACCAGAAUCCACACAUACAGAAGCGCAUGUCCAUUGAGCAGAGCUUCACCACUGACCUAUCUUUGACUUCGGAUAACAUGUAUGUGUGGGACAAUCCUCGAAAUAAUGGAACUUUAACCAUCAUUGGCAACGAGACUGUAUAUGCGAGUCCUAAAAUAUCCAGAUAUUUUAACAAAAGUGACUUCAGUAAAAGAGAUUUCAUCAAGGGUGGGGAUUUCAUAGUUCUUAUUAGCAUGCAAGAUAUCUCAGGGCUGCUUCAGAAAAAUUCUGUACCCUGCCCAAAUGGGAACGUGAAGAACAUCUUUGCUACUCCCAAUGAAAGUGCCCGUCAAGGACCAUGGAUUUUCGGCUCCAGUGUCAGGACUCUUCCAUCCUCCCUGAUCGUGUUACUGGUUUUGUGUCUUUUUCUGCUGAAGCAAUGAGAAAUAUCUGCUGUCACGGUGCUAUGACUUUACACAAAUUCUGAUUCAAAACAGUUUAUCUUUGUUCAUAUAUGUAUAUAUGUUACUGUUAAAUUAGUAUUUUUAGUUGAUAAUUAAUAUAUUAUACCACGGGUCUGUUGAAUGCUGCAUUCUGAUUGGCUGAGAAAUGUUCUAUGGGUGUUGAUUAUUUUUCUGUAAACCGCACACCUAUCUUUUCAAAUGUCUUAAAAAUAGGCACCAGAGCAAUGUUUGUGGUAACCGUGGUAUAAGCGGAAUAAUUGACUCCGGUCCUUUGAAUUAUUUGAAAAUAAUGCACACCUGCGGUGUAACGGCAUUACCACCUUGGUGUGCAUUAUUUUCUUAUAAUUCAAUGGCCCGUCGUCAAUUAUUCCUUACAUAUGCUUUAUGUUUAUAUAUGACUCUGGACCACAAACCCAGUCAUAAGGGUCAAUGUUUUAUUGAUUUAUACAUCAUCUUUCCAUAGAUGUAUGAUUUGUUAGCACAAUAUUUGCCCGAGAUAAAACUCUGAGAAAUCUGAGAAUGCAAAAAAAUCUAAAAAAGUGAGAAAUUCGCCUUUAAAGUUGUCCAAAUGAAGUCCUUAGCAACUGCAUCCACUCACAAAAAUUAAGUUUUGAUGUAUUUACAGUAGGAUAUUUACUUAAUAUUUCAUGGAACAUGAUCUUUACAUAAUGUCCUAAUGCUUUUUGGCAUAAAAGAAAAAUAAAUUAUCAUGACCCAUGUAUUUUUGGCUUUAAAAAUAUACCUUAAGACUGGUUUUGUGGUCCCCUUCAAGUGAUUUAAUGCUAGUGUGAAAUUAAUAUCCUAUUCUAAACCUAAAAAAUCAUGACAAAUUAUAUUACUGUUGGAAACUUCCAAGGAUGUAGGGUUAGGUUUAACAAGGGUUUUCAUAUUUCACCAUUUUUGUGAUAAGAAUAAUAUAGUGUAAGUAAUUAUGUUUAUUGACCAACAGGUCAGGGGCAGUCCUAUUCUAAAUCUAAAAAAUCAUGACAAAUUAUAUUACUGUUGGAAACUUCCAAGAAUGUAGGGUUAGGUUUAACAAGGGUUUUCAUAUUUCACCAUUUUUGUGAUAAGAAUAAUAUAGUGUAAGUAAUUAUGUUUAUUGACCAACAGGUCAGGGGCAGUCCUAUUCUAAAUCUAAAAAAUCAUGACAAAUUUUAUGUCAGUGGAGAGGUCUAAGACUUCACAAUACAUAUUUUCGACUUGUGUUUAAUUAUGUAGGACGAGUGUUUAAGUGGCAUUUUUAGAUCCCCUCUCCAACUGCUUAAUUUUAGAUUGGUUUGCUACAUGUGAUUUGAUGUUAAUCUUACUUGAUGUUUAUCAAUAUAUUGCCAUGUAGAGGUCUUUAUGAUUCACAAUUUUUAAUCUAGUUAUGUAUAUUGUAAAAUGUUUGAAUGUUACUGUAAGAGAACCAUGAUCAAGU